AAAUACAACAAGUGAGUGAACUGUUGCUCCGCUAAUAAACUGACUCGGUUCCGGCGGUUCUUCACGGUAAAAGUGGGUCAAAAAAUGUUCCGACAGAAAACUCGGAUCUUUUCCGGGGGAUUUCUGCACAUCUGUGACUCGUAAAAAUAGUUUUAUUAUYAAUCUUGGUCUUUUCUCGGAUUGCCUCGGGUUUGCACGUUUUAAUCAAGAGAAGAGGAACUCCUGUGUUUUUUUUUCUUUUUUUCCUUUUUAAGUUAAGUUUUAAAUUAAUAAUUUUUGACUCCGGUUCUGGAGAGCUGAAAUUGGACCGAAGAGCGCAACUUCGGCGCUCUGCAGGAUUUUCAUGCACCGGGUCCCGGAGCAGUUUGCAGCCUUUCUAUCGGAACCAGCAGCGCAUUGAAGAUGGACAGAACAUAGGAACAAGAAGAAAAACAAACCUCUGGAUUGUAAGAGAAUAUUUUUGUUCUGGGAAGUGUGUGAUAAAUUAAUUGUUGCUCCAUCCAAGCUGCCUUUAAAAGACCUGGUCCUCUUUGUGAGCUGUAACAUGAUCUGCAGGAUCCGAUCAGUUUUUUUUUCGUAGACAAAUUCAAUAAAGCUGAGUGAGCGCAAAGAAGAGAAAAAAGAGGAGAUUUUUAGUUCUUCUCUUCUCGUCCCCAGACAGACGAGUGAAGAAGAGUCUUUUCCCUGCAUGUGGUGGGUGAGAUGAACUCCUGUGGGAUUACUGUAGACCCCACCUGACAGCUCCCCCACCUGAGCAACUGAAGGGUUCUCCUCUGGAUCUUCCACAACAACAUACAGCUGUACACAGAAAACCCCCCAACAGAAAUCUUGAAAUCUAACAUCUGGGAACACAUUAAGUUAUUUUACCUUCAGGUCAAAGUCCUCAAACACUGUGAACCAGGAAAAAAAAAGAUUCAAACAAAGAAGAACAAGAAAUGGGAAAAACCUAUUUGCUUUUCUCCCCCUGACUGGCUUUCUGACUGUCCCAGUCCUCGAACAGCUUGAGUUUAUUCACUCUGUCCCAUAAAAUCCUAUUUUUUCACCUCUGCUUUCUCGACUGAGUAGAAACCUUCUGCCCAGAGGUCAGUCUGGCCGGCACAACCAUUCCAGCCAAAGCGGAGGAGGACUUCCUGACGCUGGCCGCCUCACGGCUCAGUCGGAAGAAACGUGUCAUUGGGGCUGGAGUCGGCGUGGCCAUGGUCCUCGUCCUGCUGGUGGCCAUCCCCCUAUUGGUCCACACCACCAAGGGGGCAGGGUCCGGAGGUGGGGGCACGCAUUACGAGAUGCUCGGGAGCUGCAAGAUGGUGUGUGACACUUUAAGCCCCCCACAGGGAGAGCUGACAGCUGUCUCCCCUCAGCCUCCAGACUUCCCAAACCGGAGGCCCAAACAGGGCUUCAGAGGCAGCCCCGGACUUCCUGGGCCCCCAGGUCCCAAAGGUCCACCCGGAGAGCCCGGUAAGCCCGGUCCACCUGGUCCACCGGGGCCCGGACCCAACGGUUAUGGCUCCUCCCUCUACUCUCCUAAAAUCGCUUUCUACGCCGGCCUCCGGAAGCAACACGAGGGCAGCGAGAUCCUGAAGUUCGACGACGUGGUGACCAACGUGGGGAACUACUACGAGCCGAGUACAGGCAAGUUCACGUGUCCUCUGUCCGGUAUCUACUACUUCACCUACCAUGUCCUGAUGAGAGGGGGGGACGGGACGAGCAUGUGGGCCGACCUGAAGAAGAACGGACAGGUGAGGGCGAGUGCAAUCGCUCAGGACGCAGAUCAAAACUACGACUACGCCUCCAACAGUGUCAUCCUGCACCUGGACGUAGGCGACGAAGUGUUUGUGCAGCUGGACGGGGGCAAAGUUCACGGAGGAAACACCAACAAAUACAGCACCUUCUCCGGCUUCCUCAUCUACCCCGACUGACAGUUUUCUCCCGUUCCCCGUAACGAAGCAAAAAGUCCCCCCCCCCCCCCUUCAUUCUUUCAUCCAGCGUCCGUUCAUCCACUUUCUCAUGUCUCUGCUCUUCAUCCCAAACAUGUAGCAACAUGACCACUGAGUAGAGGUUCAAAAAAGUCUGUGCAGAAAAACAAAUAAAAAAGAAAGAAUGAAAAUAGUGUACAUAUUAUAAGAGUGACUCAUUAUACACGGAGCUGUGCAAUCAUUACAAAGUGCCACGUAGAGUAUGUGUAAGCAUGGCCAACAUACACAAAUCUCACUUUUUCCACAAACAAAAGUGCACACAUUAUCAAACCUCAUGUUUUUGUUUUAGUUUUUUUUUGUUUGCUCUAAGACGAGCUGACCACGCCAGCCUCUGGACAGAAAUCGACUGAAAUGAAAUCUGAAUGUAGACUGUCAAUCUGAAGGGGCGGUAUCCGGCUGCAGCCUCAUGCCUUCGCCGUGAUAUAAAGUUUCGUUAUGGCUGUCGACACCAAACAAGAAAAAGGCAUGAAUAUAUUGAUCGCAGCUGAUAAUCCAGCAAACCUCAUGAUUAUAACGCAGUGUGCUGUGUGUCUGUGUGUCUGUGUUAAUGCCUGUGUGGAAGCAUUUGAGUGCGUUUUUGCCCUUUAGUUCUGUGGAGAUGUAAAAGCAUCAUUAUUAUUGUUAGUGUUAUUUGCACAAUUUCUGAGGGGAGGGGGUCAAGUCGCUGGUAACAGUCCCUGAACACACACAGUUUAUCAAUGCCGAAGUUUAGCUUGGAGAUUGAUUUCUGAGCCUCGGAGCAACAUCAUGUCCAGUUAACAAGCUCGUCUGUAGCAAAAUCUAUAUUACACUGUGCUGAUAAAUGGGUUUAGUAAAUUAGGAGAUGUGUUAUUUGCUUGUUCUUUGCUCAGUUAGAUAAAAAAAUUACUACAAACUGUAGCCAGAUAGUGUAGCAUUUCAGCUGUGUAUGUCUAAAAAAAGAAGUUUGUGAAACAUAAGCUUUAUCAAAACUGAAAUAUUAAACUGAGGUUUAAUUGAGCUUCACACCAAGAAAAGACCUCAAAAUCUUGGUUGACAGGAACACUACAUAAAUUUUGUUGAACAGGAAGCUGAGCCCACACACUGCUGCACUUUUACCUUUUCUGUACAAACAAAAGCUACAGAUGCUGCAUGUUCAGCAGGAGUUCUUCAUGUUUCUAACAAAAAUAAAAUCCACCCAUAACGCUUUUAAAUAGACCUAAUAUUUGUUCGUUGUUCACUCAGAUGUUCGUGUAAAAUCAUAUUUAGUGUGAAAUCCAGAAAUAAAACCAUCUACAAAUGUGAUUGCUUAGUAGCUUUAAAAAUUAGCUAAACGCGAGAUGUAUAAAAAAUUUGUCUCACAAAGAAGAAAAGUGAGCAUCGUCAUAAAUAAGCGCUUGUCCUGCYCUGCAUUUAAAGUUUUGCAAACGUGCAGAAUGAAAAAUUUGUCCUUAACAAGCCUAUAAUCUUUUGAAUCAGAAAGCAGUUAACACGCUGCCUGCAUGGAGAUGCCCCACUGUUAGACGGGCCAGUCAGAGGAAUAAGGGGACAUUUAAACAGAACUCACCUCUUUAAAUAACAAGGUGAAGAGUGAAACAGAAUAACAGGCUGUGUGAUACAAAUGAGUUGUUUUUUUUUAGCUUUAGCUAGUGAAACGUUGUUUUAGAGAGCUACCAAAACGAAAAAAUACAAAGCUGGAAGGAAGGAUAAUGCAUCCCCUUGAAACACUUUUUGGACGUUAAUGGAGUAGUUGAAUUAAAAAGGAGMUGAACAGGAUUUCAAACCAUUCUUCACCAGAUCUGCACAUUCAGUACAGUUACACUAAGAGGGUACAAGGGUUUACAUUUGAAAAGUAAAAAAAUGAAAGCAUUUCUUUAAUUUUCCUGUCUUAUGGUGUUUUUUUAAAUGCAAGUGACUGUUGUUGAUCUUUUACUGCCACUUUGCCAUACAUAUAAGUUCUCUGUGCCUUAUUCUGUCAAAAUAUUUGAUUUUGUACGCAYAAGAAAUUGUUUCCCUCCCUUCAUUAAAGAUGAGCUAUGUGAAGAAGGUGAUCCACGGGAUUCAGUGACAAACUGGCAGGGAUUUUCUAUUCCCACCACAGGCAGUCCUUGUGAACAUUAAUGAAUCCUUUACGUUUGAAAUGUGAACCGCAGACAGUGACUGUGACUCUUUGUGUGUGACUAAACGUGAGACCAAGGUUAACAUGUCUGAUGUAUUAAAACAUUCAAAUUCUGCAAACUAAGAAAUUAGUUAUAAAGAAAGGGGUGCACAUGUUUUUUUCUCACCUUUAUGUUAGACCAUGCAGGUUCAAUCCCUAACGUAAUCGUUGAUGAUAUUCCGUGCUAAUUCUGCUCAUUCUCGUGUUGUAAUUGCAAAAUACAAACAAAUCCCCCACCAAUGCUGUAUAUUUAUGCACAAGCAGUUUUCCCCCCUCUCCGCUCCUUACCUCCAUGCUGCUGCAGCUGGACCCAACUGUGUGUUUUCUGGCACUGUUACCCGUGUUUGCAGGCAGGGUGGGUUAUACUUGCUGUCAAAUGUACUUUGCAAGCUGAGUUGUGUGUAUUUGUAACGUAAUCUGCAUACAUUUUUUCCCUGUCCUUGAAGACCAUGAGAUACAUUAAAAAAAGACAAACUCUGGGCAAGUUUUGCUGUUGACAAUAAAACCAUUGCUUUCUUUA